CUCUCAUCCUAGUUCUGUGCAAAAUGAAAACCAAAAAAAUCUCUUUCACUGUUUCAGCAAGUUCUUAAUUUGUCUCAAUGAUGAUGCAACUUCUCCAAUGCUACAGAACAUGCAUUUAUUGCUAAUAAAUCCAGCUUGAAACUCGCUGAUGCUGCAUGCCCCCCAUCCAGUAAUAAUGCCACCUCAGAUCAACUUUUUCAACAUCCAUGUUCUUCCCUAUUUAUUAUCUCACAAUACUCUUGAGUCUAGUUCAAGUGUUGAAAACAUGCUCUAAAUUCUGCAUUUUUUGUUGUCACCUUUUCUUUAUUAAUGUGUACUAGCUGUUCUUGAGAAGUGAAGAGAGAAAAAAAAUGGGAAGGACACCUUGUUGUGAUAAGAAGGGUUUGAAGAAAGGACCUUGGACUGCUGAAGAGGAUGAAAUUCUUGCUAACUAUAUUAAGAAGAAUGGUGGUCAUGGAAGCUGGCGUUCUCUUCCCAAGAUCACAGGUCUUCUUCGUUGUGGUAAGAGUUGUAGGCUUAGGUGGACCAACUAUCUAAGACCUGACAUUAAACGUGGACCCUUUACUCCUGAGGAAGAAAAAUUAGUCAUUCAGCUUCAUGCUAUCCUUGGAAAUAGGUGGGCUGCUAUUGCAUCCCAGUUACCCGGAAGAACAGACAAUGAGAUAAAGAACUUUUGGAACACACAUUUGAAGAAACGUCUCAAAAGCUUGGGAAUUGAUCCAAAAACACACGAGCCAGUAGCCUCAUUAACUAGUUACCCAAAUCACAAGUCACAUGCAUCGGUUUCAACACGUCACAUGGCUCAAUGGGAGAGUGCAAGGCUUGAAGCAGAAGCAAGACUCUCAAUUGAGUCAUCACACUUCAACAACAAUCCUAAUUCCUUCACAAAAACUGAUUCUUCUUCUGAUUAUUUCCUCCGUAUAUGGAACUCUGAAGUUGGAGAUGCAUUUCGCAAGGUUCAAAAACCAGAUACAGAUCAUAUUAACAUAAUCACUAGUUGCUCUCAGAGUCCUAUUUCUGCAGGAUCAUUAUCUUCCAACAAAUGUGACUCCAUUUCUGCUGUUACAGCAAGCAAUAGUAUUGUGAAAGAAGAGUUGGAUUGGAGGAACUACAAGUUUAGUGCUGAAGAUGUGCUUCUUGAGUCUGAUUCAUCAAGCUCCAAUGACUUGCAAGAUUCAUCAGACACUGCUUUGCAGCUCUUGUUUGAUUUUCCUAUGAACAAUGACAUGAGUUUCUUAGGAAACUCUUUUGCUUCUCCUUUUUAGGCAUUUGUCACUACUAGUUGGACUUGGAGUUGGAAAAAAAUGAAAUAUUUUCUAAUUCUUUCAUCAUUAAAUUUUGUGAUGGAAUUAGGGAAAUAUUUUGUAUUUUCUACUCUAUAUUUAUCUUGCUAAUUAUCUUUUUCUUGUUGUGUGUAUAUCUAUGAUAUUUGUUGUUUUCUGUUUGGUGUUUUGUAGUAUUUCUAUCAAUGCAAUUCAAGAGGUAUGAGAAUGAGAUGACUUUGUGGUAGGUUAGCAUUGGUGACA